UUAAAAUCCACCAUGGUUCAGCGUAUCCUGUCAGUGUGCUGGUCAGCGCCUUCCAGAGAGCUUCUCGCUGUACUUAAACUGCUGCAGAAAGUCUAGAAAGAUGUCAUCGGAGACCAGACGGUCAAUUUUUAAAGGAGUCGGUCUCAACUAUGAGAUCAACAACACUGAACACCACACCAAAAAACUCUCAAAGGAUCAGCUGAUUGUGAGGAGAGGUCAGCCGUUCACUGUGAAAGUUGAACUGACGCAACCUUUCAACCCUGACCUUUACCCGCUCACCAUCACUGCAGAAACAGGAAAACAUCCAUCCGAGAACCUGGGGACAAAGUCACGCUUUGGUAUUCCAGACAAAAUCAGCCGUUCGCCGUCAGCGAAGGCGGUAUGGAAGGUGGAGCUUGAGAAGAGAUCUUACCCACUAACGGGUUCCUUGAAUUUGACCAUUACCCCUCCAGCUGACGCUCCAAUCGGAAAGUACAACUUAACUGCCAGAUAUAGGAACGAGGAAACCUUGUUGGCAACUCUGGUAGUGCUCUUCAAUCCCUGGUGCCCUGAUGAUUCAGUGUCUCUCUCUGAUGAGGCACAGAGACAGGAGUAUGUGUUGAAUGAACAUGGUAUAAUCUAUAGUGGAAGUGAGAACUACAUCAGAUCUGUUCCCUGGGACUUUGGGCAGUUUGAAGAAGACAUGGUGAAGAUUUGUCUGAAGAUCUUGGAUGUCAACCCCAAACACCUGGCAAAUGCAGCCAAUGAUGUUUCUGCUCGCUGUAACCCCAUCUACGUCAGUCGUGUGGUCAGCGCCAUGAUCAACAGUAAUGAUGACUAUGGCGUCGUGGAGGGACGGUGGUCAGGUCCAUACUCGGGUGGGAAUGAACCCACUCACUGGUCUGGCAGCUAUCCCAUCCUCAAGCACUGGUAUGACAUCAACUGCCAAUCAGUCAAAUAUGGACAGUGCUGGGUAUUUGCUGGCGUGAUGUGUUCAGUAAUGCGUCUGUUGGGCAUCCCAUGCCGUGUGAUCACCAACUUCCAGUCAGCUCAUGACAGUAACAAGAAUCUCACCAUUGAUGUGUACCAUGCUGACUAUGGAGUGAGAGAGAAAAAGACCAAGGACAGUGUCUGGAACUUCCACGUCUGGUUAGAGUGCUGGAUGACCCGAACUGACCUGGCAAAGGAUGGAAAAUAUGACGGGUGGCAAGUUGUGGAUCCAACACCACAGGAAAAGAGUGACGGUGUAUACUGCUGCGGUCCAGCCCCAGUCAAAGCCAUCUUGGAUGGAGAAACUGAUCUCAAAUAUGAUGUCCCAUUUGUCUUUGCUGAGGUCAAUGCGGACUGCAUUGACUGGCUGUGUAAAGCUGAUGGCACAAUGACGAAAAUGCUCUCUGACACCAAGUCAGUCGGACAGAAUAUCUCCACCAAGACUGUUGGCUCCAACACGAGGCUGGACAUCACAGACAAGUACAAGUACAAGGAAGGCACUGAGAAGGAGAGAACCGUAUUUAAAUAUGCCCUCUCCAGAAAUAAGGAGACAAUGGGCAAUGAAGGGGCCACAAACAGUACCAAUGGAACAUCUCCUGGGGGCAUCGUUCCACAGCCAAAAAUAAACAUCCAAUUUAAAGAGGUAUCCAAGCCAAAGGACGGUCAGGACGUGAGUCUGAAGCUGGUGCUGAACAGUGAGAGCAGCACUGCCAGGCCUGUGUCCAUCAAUAUCAGCGUCCAGGCCAUGAGAUACAAUGGCUCACCGGUUGAAAACAUCCAGAGUGAGGUGAAGGAAGGGACACUGCUGCCUGGGAAAGAUCUGUCCAUCCCUAUCUUGGUCCCCUUCUUGGUGUACCAUGAGCACAUGGUGGACUCUGACAGCAUGAAGAUUUCAGCUAUGGUCACAGAUAAGCUGGAGCCGAAAAAUGUCUACCUAGCAGUGAAUGAUGUCAUUCUGUUGGAUCCUCCAAUCUCCAUCACAACUCCCAGUCUGGCAAGCGUGAACCAAAGCACAACUGCUGAAGUGGUUUUCAUGAACCCAGUCAACAAGACACUGACAGAUUGCACUCUGACUAUUUCUGGAAGUGGUCUCGUGGACGGAGAGCAAAAUUGCAUACUUCCAGACCUGAAACCAAGCCACAGGUUUCGUGUUACGUUUUUCUUACUUCCCAAGAAGACUGGCAAGAAGACCCUCCUGGCUGACUUUGACUGCUCCUCCUUCAGAGACCUCAAGUGCACCUGUACUGUCAAUGUCCAACCAUAAUUCCUCAGAAUCACAGGGUAGAAGCUGUGUAAUUUUAGUCAGUAAAUAAAAUUAAAAAAAUUAAAAAAAAAAAAGCUUGAUGUAGACAUUUUAUUUUUACACAAUUUGGUAAAGGGUCAGUAAGUGAUUGCAUAAUUUUGCCAAAUAAACUG